CGCGCCGCAGCCCCUCGCCGCGGCUCCCACCUCGUAGUGGUUGCGGAAGUGGCAGAUGCGGACGUGCUCGUCCAUGUACGUGUGGUCGAAGUGCUCCCGCAGCCAGCCGACGUCGCACCAGUGGAAAUCCCACUCCUCCUCGCUGCGGGCAGAGCGCACGCCGCGAGGAAGGCGCCCGCCGCGGCGGAAGAGCCGCCGCCGCGUUGGGGCCGUCCCCCGCCCUUUCCGAAGGUGGAGUUUCUCCGCUCUGGCCGAGGCGGCGGCGGCCGGCGCCGGAGCAGCCUCCGCCGGCGGGAGGCAGGCGGCUGCGGCAGGAGCUGCCGGCGGCGCGGAUUUGCUCCGAGCCGGGAGAGGCACGGCGGCCGCGCGGACGUCGCCGUCGGUGCCGCCGGGCAGAGCCGCCCCCGCCUCCGUGGGGCAGCGGUCCUGCAGGAGCAGAGCCCGGCGCGACGCGAGCCCGGCGUCCAGCGCGGGGACCGGCAUGGGGAACGGCAUGAACAAGAUCCUCCCUGGUCUUUACCUUGGAAACUUCAUCGAUGCCAAAGACCUGGAGCAGCUCAGCCGGAACAAGAUCACCCAUAUUGUUUCAAUCCAUGAAUCUCCGCAGCCCUUGCUGCAGGAAAUCACCUACCUCCGUAUCCCUCUGCCAGACACACCUGAGGCCAACAUCAAGAAGCACUUCAAAGAAUGCAUCAGUUUUAUCCACCAGUGUCGCCUGCGUGGAGGGAACUGCCUUGUGCACUGUCUUGCAGGGAUCUCCCGGAGCACUACUAUCGUGGUCGCCUACAUUAUGGCUGUUACAGAGCUGAGCUGCCAGGAGGUGCUCGAGGCCGUCAAAACGGUUCGACCCAUUGCCAACCCCAACCCUGGCUUCAGACAGCAGCUGGAUGAGUUUGGCCGCGGUGCAGCCCAGAAGGUCCGUAAGCAUCUGAAGCAGAGGUAUGGGGCAAUCCCUUUCAAUGAUGAAGAAGAAAUAAAGGCACUGCUGCCCGCAGAAAGAGGAGGACCAUCCAGAACAGAGGGAGCUCUGCAGGGACUGAUACCCAGAGCCAGAGAUGUAAAGAGCACAGCUCCUUUUCUGCUGCGGGUGAAGAGGAUGUUCUCCUGCAUCCCUGCUUGUCUGAAGAUGUGCCGUCCUCGGUGCGGGGGUGCCCUGCCCCCCGCCCCCUGCCCCGGGGCCACGGCGCGGCGCAGAACCGAAAGCGGCGGGCGGAAAGGGAAAGUGAAAGUGCGGCGGCGCUUUCGCUUUCGGCGCCGCCGCGCGGUCCCGCGGGCCGCGCCGCGCCGCAGCGGGGCCGCGCCGAUGGCGGCGCCGGGGGCGCACAUGCGGCUCAAGGAGUGGCUCAUCGCCCAGAUCGACAGCGGCCGGUACCCGGGGCUGCGCUGGGAGAACCGCGAGAAAACCCUGUUCCGCAUCCCCUGGAAACACGCCGCCAAGCAGGACUACCGGCAGCAGGAGGACGCGGCGCUCUUCAAGGCUUGGGCCAUCUACAAGGGGAAGUACCACGAAGGCACGGACAAGGCAGACCCGUCCACCUGGAAAACGCGCCUCCGCUGUGCCCUCAACAAGAGCACCGACUUCCAGGAGGUACCUGAGCGGAGCCAGCUGGACAUCUCGGAGCCGUACAAGGUCUAUCAGAUCGUGUCCGACGGGGCCCGGGACGCGGACAGGGAUGGCAGCACGGAGUCGCCAGCCAGCAAGGAGCAGCGGGUGAGCCAGCCCCCGACCCCCGUGCCGUCCUCCGCGGGCGUUAGCUGCAGGCCAGAGGAGGGCAGCGCCGCGGUGAACCUGGAAGAGGAGAGCCGGCCGGGCGCGAUGGAGCCGGCGCUGCCGCUGCCCCCGGCCUCUGCGCACCCGGCGGAGCGGGGAUACCACGUGCGGGGCCUCUUCUACGGCUGGAACCCGGCCCCCGGCCGCCUCCUCCCGGGCCCCCCGUCCUACCUCCCCGCCGAGGACUUCAACCACUCAGACUGCUGGCUCCACGUCCGCCUCUACUACUGCGACGUGCUGGUGAAGGAGCUGACGACACGCACGGCCGAAGGCUGCCGCAUCACCUCCCGCGCGGUGCCGGCCGACAGCGAGCGGCUCUACGGCCCCUCGUGCAUGGAGCAGAUCCAGUUCCCCCCGCCGCGGGCGCUGAGCGGCAGCAGCCGGGUGGCCGGCAUGACCGACGUGCUGGAGCGGCUGCUGCCGCACCUGGACCGCGGCGUGCUCCUCUGGGUCGCCCCCGAGGGCGUCUUCAUGAAGCGCCAGUGCCAGGGCCGGGUGUACUGGAACGGGCCGCUGGCCCCGCACAGCGACUGGCCCAACAAGCUGGAGCGCGAGAAGACCUACAAGCUGCUGGACACGCAGCAGUUCCUGCAGCAGCUGCGGGAGUACCUGAGCCACGGGCAGCCCUCGCCGCAGUACCAGAUCAACCUGUGCUUCGGCGAGGAGUACCCCACCAGCACCGGCCACCGCUUCCAGAAGCUCAUCAUGGCCCACGUGGAGCCGGUGUUCGCGCGGGAGCUCUUCCAUCACGCGCAGCGCCUGGGGCCGCAGCUGCUGCGCGAGGCCUCGCAGCCCUGCGCCCCCGGCGCCUCCAACCACAUCGUCCACGUCCUCAAGCAGCUCUGCCAGCCCUGAGCCCCGGCGCGGCGCGGGAGGAGGGACGCGGCGGCGGCGGCACGCGCCGCGGGCGAGAGCUGGGGCCGCGCGGCG